AGUACCAUUAAAGCAUUGGUCCUCUUUUUUCCUAUAUUAACUUGUUCACCUCCAUAGAAACAUAAGCACAAACACGCUCCAUCUUCUUCGUUUUCAAGCUCUGAAAUCCAACAUGGGCAGCGAAAGCCAUGACUCUGUUCACAUAUUCUUGUUCCCGUUCCUGGCUCACGGCCACAUGAUCCCAGUCUCCGACAUGGCCAAGCUUUUUGCUUCACACGGCGUCAGGGUCACCAUAGUCACCACCCCUCUAAACGCUACCAGAUUCACCCAGUCGACCCAAUCGAGGAAAUCCUCGUCUGGGUUGAUCCAAAUCAAAGCCAUCGAGCUCCCAAGUGAAGAAGCUGGUCUGCCAAAAGGGUGUGAGAAUGUCGACACAUUACCACCCUCAUUGGAUUUGGUCAACAAUUUGGCACGCUUGAUUCAACCACAACUCGAGGAGCUUCUCAAGGAGUUCAAGCCGACUUGCCUUGUAGCUGACAUGUUCUAUCCUUGGGCAACUGAAGCUGCUGCUAAGUUUGGUAUUCCGAGGUUGGUGUUUCAUGGGACUUGCUUCUUUUCUCUAUGUGCUUCCGAGGUUAUGAGGCUCCAUAAGCCUUUCAAGAAUGUUUCAAGUGAAACUGAGUCUUUUGUGAUCCCAUAUUUCCCUGGUGAGAUUGAAUUGACAAGUUCCCAAGUUCCUGCUUUUGUCAAAACCAAUGACUCAAGUGGCAUGAACCAGUUGAUGAAAGCACGUAAAGAAUCGGAGUUGAAGAGCUAUGGAGUUAUUGUUAACAGUUUCUAUGAGCUCGAACCGGUUUAUGCAGAUUACUACAGAAAUGAGUUGGGGAAGAAGGCGUGGCAUAUCGGCCCUGUUUCUCUAUGCAAUAGAGAGAUUGAGGAGAAGUCAAAUAGAGGAAAAGAAGCCACAGUUGACAAGCACGAGUGUUUGAAAUGGCUUGAUUCAAAGAAAGCGGAUUCGGUUGUGUAUGUCUGUUUUGGGAGUGUGGCUAACUUCCACUCGACUCAGCUCAAGGAGAUUGCGAUGGCUCUAGAAGCUGCAGGGCAGGACUUCAUUUGGGUUGUGAGGAGAGGCAAAGAUGAGGAGGACCAAGAUGAGUGGUUGCCUGAAGGAUUUGAAGAGAGGAUGGAAGGAAAGGGAUUGAUCAUCAGAGGUUGGGCUCCUCAGGUUUUGAUUCUUGAUCAUCCAAGUAUUGGUGGGUUUGUGACACAUUGUGGAUGGAACUCCACAAUGGAAGGAAUAUCUGCAGGGCUUCCUAUGGUGACAUGGCCUGUGUCUGCUGAGCAAUUUUACAAUGAGAAAUUGGUGACGAAAGUGCUGAAGAUUGGAGUAAGUGUUGGGACUCAGAAAUGGAUUAUGAUUUUUGGGGAUAGUGUGAAGAAGGAAACUAUUGUGAAAGUUGUGAGUGAGAUCAUGGUGGGUGAAGAAGCAGAGUUGAGGAGAAGCAAAGCUAGGGAGCUUGGAAAGCAAGCAAGGAGGGCUGUUGAAGUAGGUGGAUCAUCAUACCAGGAUUUUAAUAAUCUUAUUCAAGGGUUGAAAAACUUGAAAUCCCAACAGUUAGGAUAAAUAUAUCCAAGGAUUAUGCAUGCAGUCCUGCACUGUUUUCAUUUCAGAGACAGCCUAGUAUACAUUUUGUUGGGUUCGUAUUUCGUAAUUAAGAAUAUAUGACAAGUGCAAGUUAAACUAUGAGAUUAAGAGAGAAUGAAAUCAGAAUGGUGUAUGAUACUCUUAAGCAUGUAUAUUCACUUAUGAUUUCUUCUCCGAAUUGAAGGAAAUUUAUAGCUGUACAAUUAACUUAUAGCUAUGUGUGAAAGAGAAAUACAAUAGUAAGGUUAUGUAUGAAACUUAGACUUUGUAAGUUAUAUAAACCAACUACAUAAAUGUAGUAGAGAUCUUGUUAGGUAGAA